AAUGAUCGUUUGUCGUAUACACGAACCUUGAUCCAUGCAUUUUCAUGAAAUCGUUAUUCAGAGGUAUGAAAAGAGUUACUUCCUCAGUCUGUUCUAAGCUUCGACUCGAGAACCCGUCAAGCGAGAAUUUAAGAAUAAAUCAGGGAAGAUGUCGAACGUUUACACGGCGGAGGAGGUGUCGAAGCACAACUUCGAAAGUGAUCUAUGGAUCGUGUACAAAAACGGCGUGUACGAUAUCACGAAAUUUUUUAAAGAGCAUCCAGGUGGCGAGGAGGUGUUGCUGAAUCUGGCUGGAAAGGAUGCCACCGUAUGCUUCGAUGACAUAGGACACACUACGGAGGCUGUGCAACUUAGGGAGACUUAUAAAAUUGGCACGAUGACUGGAACAUUUGACGAGAAACCGUCGUAUGCAUCAACCGACGCCGAUGUUGAAAAAGAAACAUCAGCAGAGGACGAAAAUUGGAAGUACACUGAAUCAACAAACAGUGAAAACGAGCCAGGCCAUGCUACAACUAUAGUCGCAGCCGGCGUCGUCAUUUACGCCAUCAUAAUCUAUUACUUUUUCUUGUCAUAAGUCUACAAUACUCGACCCAUCCAUGUUCUUUAAAUAUUUACAAAUUAGAAAAUGUACAAUCGUAAAAUCCCUGUGUUUACCGGAAACAUCUCUGACGAAUACGUAAAAUAUUUAGUACGAAAUGUAAAUAUGUUGUUGUUAAAUGAUUAAAUUAUAAAGUUAAAGAAAAUAA